CCGGUACGGCUCAAGGGGGUGGAAAGAAGGGAAGCUGCCAGCCAUGGCGUACCCUGCCCCAGCCUAACACUGGGAACCUGUGUGGGGCGCCAGAGUCCGGAAGAGAAGCUUCGCGCUCAGCAGGACCGUGGGCGCCAGCCAGACAACCAGGAAGCGCAGCCCUCCCCUUAGCUGACUCUGGUGCUCUCUUUAGGCGGUCUUCACUAUCAACUGCACAGUGGACAGAGGCAGAGGAACGCAAAACCUUCUCACACAGCAGGAUAAAAAGCAAAUGAGGAGUGAUGAAGUAAAUCCGGUUGCAAAAGGACAUCAAAGCAAAAAGAAACAUUCCAGAAAAUCUAAGAGACACUCUUCAUCUAAGAGAAGGAAGAGUAUGUCCCUGUGGUUAGACAAACAGGAAGAUGCUAGCGUCACUCACAAUGUCCAUGAAGAGAAGAUAAAAAAUGGCCAACCAGCACACAAUAAUGUCAUUGCAACUGUUCCAACAGCGCUUAUUAAUAUGGCAGCAGCUGGAAUUUCAUCCAUGAGUACCAGGGACCAGUAUGCUGCAGUCACUCACAACAUCCAUGAAGAGAAGAUAAAUAACAGCCAACCAGCAACUAAUAACAUCUUGUCAACUGCUCCACCAUGGCUUGGUGCUAUGGCAGCAGCAGGAAUUUCGUCUACGAAUAUGAGAGAUCUGUAUGCUGCAGUCACUCACAACGUCCAUGAAGAGAGGAUAAAUAACAGCCAACCAGCAGCUGAUAACAUCUUGUCAACUGCUCCACCAUGGCUUGGUGCUAUGGCAGCAGCAGGAAUUUCGUCCACAAGUACGAGAGAUCUGUAUGCUGCAGUCACUCACAACGUCCAUGAAGAGAGGAUAAAUAACAGCCAACCAGCAGCUGAUAGCAUCUUGUCAACUGCUCCACCAUGGCUUGGUGCUAUGGCAGCAGCAGGAAUUUCGUCCACAAGUACGAGAGAUCUGUAUUCUACUGUCACUCACAAUAUCCGUGAAGAGAGAAUGGAAAAUGGCCAACCCCAACCUGAUAACAUCUUGUCAACUGGUCCCACAGGGCUUAUUAAUAUGGCAGCGACUCCUAUUCCAGCCACGAGUGCCAGAGAUCUCUAUGCUACAGUCACUCACAAUGGCCGUGAACAGAAGAUGGAAAAUGUCCAACCAGCACCUGAUAACGUGCUAUUGACUCUUCGACCACAGCUUAUUAAUAUGGCAGCCACUGGUAUUUCAACCAUGAGUACCAGGGAUCCGUAUGCUACUGUCAAUCACCAUGUCCAUGAAGCAAGGAUGGAAAAUAGCCAACCACAACAGGAUAACGUCUUGUCAAAUGUUCUAUCUGGGUUUAUUAAUGUGCCAGGAGCUAGUAUUCCAGCAAUGAGUUCCAGGGAUCUGUGGUAUUCUACUGUCACUCACAAUAUCCGUGAAGAGAGAAUGGAAAAUGGCCAACCCCAACCUGAUAACAUCUUGUCAACUGGUCCCACAGGGCUUAUUAAUAUGGCAGCGACUCCUAUUCCAGCCACGAGUGCCAGAGAUCUCUAUGCUACAGUCACUCACAAUGGCCGUGAACAGAAGAUGGAAAAUGUCCAACCAGCACCUGAUAACGUGUUGUUGACUCUUCGACCACAGCUUAUUAAUAUGGCAGCCACUGGUAUUUCAUCCAUGAGUACCAGGGAUCCGUAUGCUACUGUCAAUCACCAUGUCCAUGAAGCAAGGAUGGAAAAUGGCCAACCACAACAGGAUAACGUCUUGUCAAAUGUUCUAUCUGGGUUUAUUAAUGUGGCAGGAGCUAGUAUUCCAGCAAUGAGUUCCAGGGAUCUGUGGUAUGUCACCACCACUCACAAUGUCCAUGAGGCGAAGAUGAAAAAUGACCAACAGGCACCUGAUAACUCCUUGUCAACAGUUCCACCAGGGUGUACUAAUCUGUCAGGAGCUGGUAUUUCAUCCAGGAGCACCAGGGGUCUGUAUUCUACUGUCAUUCACGAUAUCCAGGAGGAGGAAAUGGAAAAUGGUCAAAUCCCUCCUGAUGGCCUCCUGUCAAAUUCUGAUUCACCAGAGCUUAUAAAUAUGACAGGACAUCGUAUGCCACCCGAGGCAUUGGGUUCUUUCUCUUACGACUUCACAAGUCUCAGCAAAGAUGAGCUGCUUUACAAACCUGAUAGUAAUGAAUUUGCUGUAGGCAUCAAAAACUACAGUGUCUCUGCAGGUGACCCACCAGUCACAGCAAUGUCUUCAGUGGAAACUGUGCCAAAUACACUACAAAUAUCUCCUGCCAUGGCAAAGAAAAUUAAUGAUGAUAUAAAAUAUCAAUUAAUGAAAGAAGUUCGAAGGUUUGGGCAAAAUUAUGAAAGAAUUUUCAAUUUGCUUGAAGAGGUACAAGGAUCUAUGAAGGUCAAGAGACAAUUUGUUGAAUUUACCAUCAAGGAAGCAGCAAGGUUUAAAAAAGUUGUCUUAAUUCAGCAACUCGAGAAGGUGCUUAAAGAAAUAGAUUCCCACUGCCAUCUCAGAAAAGUUAAGCACAUGAGAAAAAAAUAAUUGUGUUAGUGCAAAGACCAAGGAGAAACAAGAACAUAUGCUGUAGGAUGGAACAGGUUAUUGCUGAAGCUCUCUAUAAUUCUGAAGUGAUUUCCCUUCCAAAAGCUACGAAAAAGGGAGCUGUUUAAAUUUAAUAAAUCACUGUUAGUAAAAGCUGC